CCCCCGAGUUGCCGUUCAACUUCCACCUCUUCUCUCUCUCUCUCUCUCCACACGCGCAGCUUUUUGCUUCUGCAAUUCUCUCUCCUCCCAAAUCGCGAGCUCGUCGGAAGCUAGGGCCUCCCGCUCCGAUCAGAUCGCCGCGCCGCCGCUGCUCCAGGGUACCUCAAAAAUAGAAGAUGCAAGGGGGGAGAGGCAGGAGGGAUGGUUUCUUCGGUUUUGGGGACCCCUUUCCAGGUUUGGGUAGCUUUGGACAACCAGGGAGCCUAAUGUCAAGUUUCUUUGGUGGGGCAAAUCCCUUUGAUGAUCCUUUCUUCACAAACCCUUUCGGUGCUAUGAUGGGACCUAGCUUGUUACAGCCAAGCAUGUUUGGGAGCUUUGGGUCAAGCAUGUUUGGGCCUCAUGGAAAUGUCAAUGGACUGAGCAAUACUGGAGGCUUCCUUCAGCAAGCUCCUGAACCAAGCAGGCCGAGAGGGCCAAUAAUCCAGGAGCUAUCUUCAGAUGAUGAGGAUGGCGCAGAUGUGAAUAAAGAAGAUGAGAAGAGGAAUGAUAACCCUAGGAAGCAUCCAAGGAUGGCCCAAAUGCCAUAUGUGGAGGAUCCUGACGAAGAUACUGAAGCAGAUAAUAAAAGAUCUAGGCACGAGCAGUUUGAAAGGGGGUAUGCCAGAGCCAGCACAUCGCGUCCACAACCUCAUACAUUUAUGUUUCAGAGCUCAACUGUUACGUAUGGCGGUCCAAAUGGAGCUUGUUACACGUCUUCAGCCACUAGGAGGACUGGUGGAGAUGGAGUUACAUUUGAAGAAAGGAAGGAAGCAGACACGACCACUGGUAAAGCCACUCACAGGAUUUCACGUGGAAUUGGCAAUAAGGGCCAUUCAUUGACAAGGAAACUGAGUUCUGAUGGGAACGUUGACACGAUGCAAACUUUGCACAACUUGAAUGAAGAUGAGCUUGCUCGAUUUGAGGAAUCGUGGCAGAGAAAUGCAGUGCAAAAUCUGUCUGGUUGGGAUCCCAGAGUGAACAUGCUUGGCACUGGAACUGCUCGUUCUGGCAUCCGAGAUGGGAAUCAGAUGCUUACGCUUCCAGCACCUGGCCCUGGUCAAUCCCGUGGCGCCAGUUCUUCUAGGACGAAGAGGCCCACCCAGAACACAUCUUCCCGCCGCACUUAGUUCCCCAGUAGUAUAUGCAACAUACUGUUUCCACCCAAAACAAAUGUAACUCGUGCUCACCUUGGCAAAUGAUCUGUUAGUAUAGUACUUUUGUGUCGUUUCUAUGCUCAGCUUGCAUGCAGAGCUACACGGGAAAUGUAAGAAAAGAAAACCUGCACUUUACCCAGGUUGGUCUCUUUGUGACCAAAACUGUCAGUCUGUCACUUGCUGGACUAAGCAAUGGUACUUGCUCUUAACUCUCUUUGGAGACUUA